GAAUGGGCAGCACCCCCACCUCCACAAGCCCUGAUCCUGGACCCACUUCAGCUUCUUCUGAGACUGCUGGGAUAGAGGCCGGGGCAGGGGGUGAACAUCCAGCCAUGGAGGGCGCUGCUCCAAGGCAGGGUGUCAAGGCAACAGCUACGCCUGAGGACCUCCCGCUGAUAUUUGAGCCGGUGGAUGAUGCACUGUCAGAGGUAACGGUAACUGCGCCCCCUAGUGGCACCCAACAAGUAUCGCAGUUUUCUGUUAUCACAGCCGCAAACGGGGCCCUAUCAAGAUCUGAGUUGGAGUCCAAAGUCACUGUAAGCAGAGCUCCCUCCCUCUCAGAAGCUCCAUCCCCCGCUAUGCACAAUGGGCCCUUCCUGUCCUGGCAGAUGUCUGGGACAGAGAUGAUGGACACCUUCAGCUCCUCCCUGCUGCCGUCCCUCACUGCACCCCCUCCAGGACCCCCUCCGGACUACGAGAUCCUUGACUCUGAGGAAAUUGGCAUGAUUGACACUCCAACUGGGACUACCAAAGCCCCUCCCAAUCCCUUUGAAACUCAGCAACCCAAGACUACAGUACCGCCCCCUCUGAGAAGUAUAGCCAUGGCAACUACCCUGUCCCUUCUCAGCCCUAAAUCAGGCCUGGAAGAACUGGAAGAGUCUGAAGAGGAACAUGACGAUGAGGAAGAAGAGGACACAACGGAGUCAGAGGAAGGGGAGAGCAAGGCGGACUCAAUGGAGGUCACCACGAUAGCCCUCAUGCCCCCCACCUAUAGCCACAUCCCAUACCACUUCCAUUCAGGCUCUGUCUGGGUGCAGCGCAACCAGGGCCUCGCGCACAGCUGGGUGGAAAAAAUCCGAGACAAGGCGGGGUAUGUGUCUGGGAUGUUGGCACCUGUUGGCAUUGGCAUUGCAGGGGCUCUCUUCAUCCUGGGAGCUCUCUAUAGCAUCAAAGUGAUGCACCGAAAGAGAAGGAGCAGCUACAAGCGCCAGAGGAGGAAGCACAAAGAGAUGAGCAGCAGGCAGGAUCGAGUGAUGCUACUGGCUGACAGCUCGGAAGAUGAGUUCUAACUCGUCCCAGUGCCUCCUCACCUGUUCAGCAAUAAGCCACGCCCAUACUCCACCACCACCUGAAGUCUCCAUGACAACAACUGCAGAAUGACCUUUCUUACAUGCUCAGUCUUGGACCCCCAAGUCAAAGAGGCUGGAAAGCCCAUUAGAAGCUCUUCUAUCCCUGCACACACUGUAGUGGGCUGUGUCCAGGCUCAUAGCAUGUGGCAUCACCACCCUGGCAUGGUGCAUGCAUAAUGAUUCUCAAUCACCUGUCAGUCACGUCCAGGUAGAAACGCCCACAAAUGUAAACCCCUGAAAGAAACCCACCAAACGGACAAAAGGUGACUGCCAUUGUGUUAUGUGUGGUGUUGUAAACGUUCAGUAAUAUUGAAUGGGGGGGUUGGAUUCUCAUUGUUUGAUGUUGUCACAGGUGAUAUUCAGUGGUAGAAAUGUGCGCUGGUGAAUUAAUCAAAUUAGCACAUUUGACGAUGGUUGUCUGAAGGCUUAUCUGAGUAGGUCCAGCAUCAUAUCCUUCCAAUAGAAUUGUACCACCCAUUGUAAAACACUCACAUGUAAUAGUUGCAUCUUGUUUAGAAAAGUCACAAGUAUUGAUUGUAAUGAAAGUGUAUGCCCUUGAUGUUAUUGCAACUCCACAGCAGCAUUUGAAAGAUCAAAAAAGCACUUUAUAUUAUUUUUGUUGAGAUUAAUAUAGGUACAUUACCAGGGGUAACUGACAAGCUAUUGAACACAAAGCAAUUUGAACUUCCCACCAUGCAAUAUUCAUGCGUUUUAAGUGCAUACUGCACAGCUACAUGCAAGUUUAAUGGACUUUCAUCUUGCCAUGUAAAAUUGACAUUGUCUUCCUAUAGAAGCAUGCUUGUAGUAAAUGGGCUCUGAAUACUUUCUGUGCAUGCAUCAUGUACUUCAUACAGUGGUGUCACUGAGUGGCAUUGUAGCAUGAUUCUGCUGUAUCCCAGAAUGCAUGGUGACAGGCAUUUUGCUGCCCACAGCUGCCAAAGUGCAAUGACCAUAAUUACACGCCAGAAAGCCUGUGUGGUUGACUAUAGAGCAUGGCUACAUAAUAUGCACAAAGCAGGGGCUGCAUCCUGUGGUGGCUGUCUGGACCCCUCAAGUGCACAGGGGUUUUGCUCUGCUUUUGGGAAUACUUCUGACAUUGUUAGUGCUUGGAUGUGAGACAGAAUUGAUUGCAAUCCAAGGCGACGAUCAGAUAGAGAUUGAAAGGUGUCAGUAAAUUGACUUAGAUUGACAAGAUUGUGCCCCUUGAGGAGUCUCCCACUUUUAUGCCUGCUGCUUUGUAUUCAUUGGUUGAUAUUCUGCUGAAUGAAUUUCAUUGGGUGUCUUUUUUAUAAAUAUGCUAAUGUUCACUUGCUCACACCAGGUUUGUGCAUCCCAACUCCAUUUGGCCAUACAUGGCUGCUUUUACACCUCCUCUUUGAGUUAUCAUAAAAAGCUGACGUGAUGUAAUGUUCUUGUGCAAUGUUUCUGUAACGCGGGGAAAAAAAAGAACAUUGCCCACACGAUAAAGCACCCACUUCUGAUAUUCUAUAAAGCAGACUCUUUCGACAGCAGCAUGAUUUCACAUAGUCACCUCAAACACCAUGGGCAUUGAUAACAAUGUGGAUUAAUGCAAACUGAUAAACUGCUAAUUUUACAGCACUUCGUGUUGGAUGCAGUGAAGUACAGAUUGACAGACAGAGAAGGGACCUCAGGGCCAAGUGAGAAGGGGUGGGGAAGUCUUGCUGUUUUGGUUAUUUUUGUGCCAAAAACAAAAGCUCAUAAGUGAAUUCUCACGUCUUUGGCCUCUCUGUUAAGUUAUUGGAC